ACAGCUAUUUACAAGCUAUCAAGCAAAAUCAAGUUUCAGGUGAAGAAAACCCAAGCAUCAGAUUGCAAGUAUACCUGUCACGCUCACUGCCGGGAUCUGGUGCACCUGGGCUGCCGGCGGAAUGGGAAAUUAAUGGACUGCCUCGCUACGUGUCACCCCUUAGAUCGAUCUAACAACAACGGUCAGGAUGUUCAGAAGGAGAGAGAACCUCAUGUUUAUCUCAGUAAAGAAGAAGUUAAAGAGAAGAUACAAAGCUAUAACUCAUCUGUCACUGAUAAACUGAAGAUGACCUUGAACUCGAAUGGGAUUUACACUGGCUUCAUCAAAGUUCAGAUGGAACUAUGCAGACCUAUCACUGUGCAGUCUUCCCUGAACCAAGGAAGAUGUAUUCACAGCAAUAACGAAACUGCUUUUUACUUGCCAAAUGGCUAUGUGAAUACACUUCACAUAAGCAGCACCAAUACUGUGCGUGAAGUUAUUGAGGCCUUGCUCAAGAAGUUUUUGGUAGCUGACAACCCUGCGAAGUUUGCACUUUAUAAACGCUGUCACAAGGAAGACCAAGUUUAUACAUGCAAGCUCUCAGACCGAGAACAUCCGCUCUAUCUGCGUUUGGUGGCAGGCCCCAGAACAGAAAUGCUUAGUUUUGUUCUACGUGAGCAUGAAACUGGAGAAGUUAUGUGGGAAGCUUUUAGUCUUCCUGAACUACAAAACUUCUUGCGUAUACUGGACAAAGAGGAAGAUGAGCAACUACAAAUCUUAAAGAAGCGUUAUGCAGCUUACAGAGACAAACUUGAAGAAGCCCUUGGUGGGGUGUGGAAACCUGGUUAAAAGAGGGCCAAAGUACACUCAGGAAAAAUGCACGCUACCAAAUGCCAUAUAGCAUGCCAAACCCAAUGUACAAAGAGCAGCAAAGAGUAGUUUUCUUUAUUCAGAAGACUUGUUUUGUGAUGCCAGGGUACCUGAAUUUCGCUAUAGACUUAGUUCCCUAAGCCAGGUCACUUAGCAUCUUGCACCCAUAAGUAAGGGAUUCUGCAUGUUUGUACAUCAGUUUGCAACCCUCUAUGUGCUUAGAGAGUUUUCCAAGUUAUCUUGGUGCAAGCUGUGAAACUGUAAUCAAUUUUCUAGGAUGCUAUGAAAUAAGAUUUUUUUUUCUUCUUUGCUUUAAUGGUAGCUUUACAAGUAAGGAUGUGCAAAUUGAUCAGUUAAAAAUGAAUAAAACUAUCUGGAUGAGAAUCAGUUGGAGCACUAUCUUUGAGAUAAAAUUGAUUUGCACUACCUUUCUGUUUUCAAAUAGUUACUGUGUAAUUUUUGAGAAAACUGUUAUAGGUGGAAGGCAUGUGAGAUUUUAUGGCUUGUUCUGUGAAAUUUGUGGAAGGCUUUAAAGUAGUCUUUCUGAAGAAGGUAAAGAGAAAGUUGAAAAGAAGGUGAGAGCUGAGGAAGGACUGUAACAGCUGACAAAGAAGGACUGGUUUUAAAUGGAAAUAGUAUUUAUACACAGGAAAGUUAAAAUACUAAUUUUACAUGAGUAAAGUUUUAGGAUGUUAUAAUAUUGUGAAUAAGUUUUUAGGGUUUUUUAAAUUGCAUAAAUCCACACUGGAAAAGAAAUAAUUAAUAAACAUAAUGGGAAGGAAUGAGAGGGGAAAACCAAAUAAGAAUGGAAGUGGAGCUGCACAUACAGGUCAUUAUUGGAGAAGCCUUUUCCUAAAUGCAUAGUGGGGGGUCAAGAAGUGCAGCAAAGCUAGCAAGUGGCUGUUUACUUGAAUUCUGAAAUGCGGACAAUGACUAGUCUUGGAUAACUCCGUGAGAAGUACCCAGCUCGUGGUAACGGAGUGUUUAGGUUCAAACUGUAACUACAGAUGCAUUGGUCUUUAUCGUAAGUCAGAUCUUUCCUCUGGCUCAGUGAUCCAUUUUUAGGGUGGACAACUUAUAUUUGAAAGACAAAAAUAGCUUCCUCUGCUUCCUUGUUUGCUAAAGGCUCAGUCGGGCAAAGAAAGUAGAAUUUCUUAUUCAUGUUCCCAGCUUAGCAUGAAAUUAGAACUCGACUGUGUUGGUGACUGAGCUUAGUAAGUUUUGCUUUUAGUAAUUCAGAGGGUUUUUUCCUAAUGGUUUUAAAAUUCUUAAUUGAACAACUGAUUAUCAAAUUCUGUAGACUGCUGAUUUACUUGAUUUAAAAGUAGGAAAAAUGUAGCAAGUAAAAACUUUUUACUUUUCUGUAAAUGUAAUUAUUGUUUUUUCAGAGUUAUUUAUCUAAAAAAGCACGUUCAAAAGAAACCAAAGAAGUGGGUGUGCAAUAGAAGCAUGAGGCAGAUUUGAGUAACUGAUACCUUUAGUCAUUAUGCCAGAAGGGAAGCUAAUGAGUUAAAAAGAAAUAGUGCUAAAGAUAUAAGAGCAGCAGGUUUUUUUUUUUUUUUAGGACUUUCUUUGUAAAUUCCCAAGGAAUUGUUAACACUUUGGUGACAUCUAAUGGAUACUGUGUGAAACUCCAAGAUGCUUCUGUUCUUCCUCUUAAUUUGAUGUUAAUUGUGCCUUUGUUUCCUUUCCUCAGUAACAGACAUUUUUUUUUAAAAAAAAAAAAAGCUCUUCAGUUUUCUUUUUUGCAGAAAGGAUUAGAAAACUUAAUGAGACAAUCAUAAUGUGUUAAAGUGUUAAGAGAAAUUAAAAGUAGGACUAACUAUAAAGUAUAUAUAUGGCAUAUCUUGUUUGUUUUAAUUUCACAUGUAACAUUGUAGUGCAUGUGUGAGUUAGUAACAUUAUCUUCAAGUGAGACACUUUAUAAUGGUUCAGGGAAUGCUUUUAUGUUUUGUUAAGAGUUUGUUUUUCUAUGAAUUACAGCAGCAUGUUGAUGGGUAUUCUCUUAAGAUCUACUUAAUUUAUGUAUCUGCCCAUAAUCAUUACAUAAUCGCUGUUAAUGUUGAACCAUUUGUUGCUCAGAUUUAAACACUGUUUGAGUCUAAAAGUGGAGUAUAUAAAUAUGUGAAUUUUGUUUUUACUUGAACUAAACUAUCAGUCUUCUUAAGUGGGCACAUUUGCAUUUACUUUAGCCAAAAACCUCAAUCAGUGUUGUAUGCACUACAAGUUUUGAUUGGAGGGGGAGGGGGAAUGACCAAAAACAAACUUACUAUAUUUUAAUUUUAUCUUAGUCCACGGUUAAUUAUUGUAAGAUGUCAUGUGCGGGGUUUGUUGUUAUUAAUUUUUUUUACACACUGGCGAUGACAACAGCUUUAGUUUAAAAGAAAUGGUCAUGCCUGGCCAGUUUUUCUCUUUUUAUUUUAGCAUCAAAUUGAACUAUGAAAGCUCUGUUGCAAAACUGUUUUCAUUUCAUUAUAUGAUGGUACCAGAAUGAUUAAAUGAUAUGGGGGGGGGUGCAGGGAAACAUUAAAAUGUAUGUCUUUUAAAAACAAACAAACAUUAAACUAUUUAUAAUUUUGACAAGUUUAGUUUUUAUUUUUAUAGGGAAGUUUGUAUUCCCCUUAAAGUUAUUAUUGAAAUGGCAAGUGAUGGUUCCAUUAUUAAAGUUGAAGUUGGCAGUA